AUACUUCUCCGGGACCGAUUUCCUGCUGGACGUGCUGCAGGCUCAGCACCUGCUGUCCACAUUGCUGGGCUCCCGGAGGCCCCGGUCCUGCCGUUGCUCCGGACGUGGCGCCGCGGCGGGGUGGGCGCAGGCCCCCGGUGCUUCCGCCCCACCGGGUCGCCUCGGCAUUUUGCCGCAGGAUGUGGUGAGGCUGUGACACAGCUCUCGGUAACCAAGGCUGCUGCCUCGUGCUCAGAUGUCCCCCCGCGCCCUUCGCUACUUCCUCUAACCAUGUCUGUGGUGUGAUCAAACACCUCCUAAGGACAUAUUUUCUUGGGGGGGGAUUUCUUCUUUUUCUUCUUUUUUUUGACUCUCACACUUUAUCUCGAUGGGGUCGCAGCCGUGCUGCGUGCGGCGAAAGCCAGCGUGCCGUGAAUUCACCCCGCAGCCCAGGGUGGAUCUUGCUGAACCACAUUAAAACACUUUUUCAGUAUCUCCCAACGCGUCUCGUGGCCCACGUUGCAACAGGAGUUUGGAUCUCUCUGCUCCUGCAGAGGUUACCCAGCCCGUUCCCGCGGGAGAAGCAGCACCAGGAAACGUCGAGCCUGUUCUUAGUGGGACGAACGAUUCCUUGCUGUAAUUAAAUAAGAAAACAAGAGGCCUUGGUUUAAAUCUUUUUAAUCUUUCUCCGGAGAAGAAAUGCUGAUUAGCACUCUGCAGCAUCUGUUAGAGAUGGGCAAAGGUAGUCGUGACCUUGAAUUUGGGAUUUUCUUGCCAAGGUUUGAGAAUCCUGUUUACCUGUUGGAACAACACUAUGGCUUCCUAUAAAUCUAAUAGAUUUCUGCUUGGUGAAACGGGUUUGUUCGCUUGCUCUCUUCUAAAAUGAUGGAAACUUCUCAUUUGCCAGAUUGGGUAAGGCAUCAGCUUCAGUUAAUUUCUGUUACUUUAUUUUAUUUCUCUGUCCAGCACAUGUAAAAUAGUAUUUUUGGUGCGCACAGCUUUCUGCCUUGAGCUUCCAUCAAAGAGCAGCUUGACACAAAUUACGCGAGGGGCUGGAUGUGGGAACAAAGGAGGUAUAAUUAGCUACAGAUAAACAGAGCUAUGUUUCUCGUCAGCAUCCUUUCAGAUCUUAACUUGGGCCUCACCCUCUUGGAGCCAAUUCUUUUCCACAGGCUGGAAGAGGAAGGUGAGCUUGCCCUGAGCUUCUAGCCUUCAACUUAAAGUGAGCUGAACUGAAAUUAAAAAAAAAAAAUAAAGAUGUUUAUGGUCUGUCUGCACCUGCAGAAGAGGCUGGGGCUGCUCUUAGAGCUGGUGUUAUUUCAGGGUAUUCUCUUUCCGGGUGCCUGAGCUGCCACUUCUUCUUCCUCUUGUUCCCCUCCACCCUUUCGUGUCCUGUCCUUAGCGCUGCGGCAGCGCAGGCAGCUCCUGCUCCAGCAGAUGUUUUGUUGGAGCACAUCUGGCAACAGACCCGAACUUGACGGGAGGCGGUCCUGACCUUACCUUGUUCGGAGAGUGGCAGGGGGGGGAAGCGUAGGUGGAAAAUCUGACCCAGGUAAAACCCACCUUGUUUUACCCUUUCCUAGGGGGUGGACUUUCUCCUUGUUUCUGCGGGGUUUGGAGGUGUCGGGGUGAACGGCAGCUACCCCCACCCCCCCCCGCGGGGCCGUGAGGCUGGUUCCCUUGUCCCCGUGCUGAGCAUGUCGGGGGACCUGGCGGGGCUGGAGAGAGGAGGGGGAGGAAAAGAAAGCUGGCGCUGGCUUCCCCCGCUUCUCGGAUCUGGGGCGAGAGCCCAGAUGGUAUCCCAGAUCUCUUCCUAUGGGAUUUAGACAAGGUUUCCUGUUGAGAGAGCUGCUCCUAAUCGCUGCCGUUUUGUGCUGCCUUGCAGAUCAGGACCAGAUGAGCAGGGGGAGGUUUCUGUGAAGAUCAGAGUCGCCCCAGCCCUGCCCCGGGAAGUGGCCCAGCAGCGCUGCGUCUCCGGCUGUCAUUGCUACGGACGUGGAAAAGAAAGAAGAGGAGAAGAAAAAUGUCCCAUGCUCUAAAGCAAGUGUUCAAUAAAGACAAAACCUUCCGGCCCAAGCGCAAGUUUGAGCCGGGGACUCAGCGGUUUGAGCUGCACAAGAAGGCUCAAGCCUCGCUCAACGCUGGCCUGGACUUGAAAGUCGCCGUCCAGCUGCCGCCGGGAGAGGAGCAGAAUGACUGGGUGGCCGUGCACGUGGUGGACUUCUUCAACCGCAUCAACCUGAUCUACGGCACCAUCAGUGACUAUUGCACGGAGCAGUCCUGCCCCGUCAUGUCGGGGGGACCCAAGUACGAGUACCGAUGGCAGGACGAGCAGAAGUACCGAAAACCCACGGCCCUGUCUGCUCCCCAGUACAUGAACCUCCUGAUGGACUGGAUUGAGGUACAGAUCAACAACGAGGACAUCUUCCCCACUAAUGUUGGUACUCCCUUCCCCAAGAACUUCCUCCCGGUGGUGAAGAAGAUUCUCUCCAGGCGCUUCCGAGUCUUUGUCCACGUCUACAUCCACCAUUUCGACAGGAUCACCCAGAUGGGGUCGGAAGCCCACGUGAACACCUGCUACAAGCACUUUUACUACUUCGUGAAAGAGUUCAAUCUCAUCGACACCAAGGAGCUGGAACCACUGAAGGAAAUGACCUCCCGGAUGUGCCACUGAGAUCAGAUCUUCCUGCUCCCACCUCCGCCUCUCUUCCGAGGACUCCGAGUCCCACUCCUGUAUUGGAGACGUUGAUUCAAGGGGAGAAGAGAGACGUUUUGUUAAAAGAAAUCUAUAUAUUUUUAAUGAGUUUCAAUGUAAAACUGUGAUAAUGCAGGAAUAUUUUUUUAAAGAUGCUCUAGAUAAACUAGUUUUUUAUAGUAAUUUCUAUUAAAAAAAAAA